GGGCGGGGGGCGGAGGCCAAGGAAGGGGAGGGGAAGGCGGGGAGGGGAAGGGCCGAGAGGGGCCGGGGAGGGGGCGGCAGGGCCCGGUCAUGGACGCCAGCGCGCUGGAGCUGGACGCGGUGAAGUUCGCGCAGCUGGCGGUGCAGCGGGACCAGAGCGGGCGCUACCAGGAAGCCGUCUUCUACUACAGGGAAGCUGCACAAGCCUUGAUUUAUGCUGGGAUGGCAGGGUCAAGCCUGGAAAAUAUUCAAGAAAAAAUAAAUGAGUACUUGGAGAGAGUUCAAGCUCUCCAUUCAGCAGUUCAGUCACAGAAAACAGAUCCUCUGAAGUCAAAGCAACAGUUGGACUUGGAGCGUGCUCACUUCCUCGUUACACAGGCCUUUGAUGAAGAUGACAAAGGCAAUGCAGAAGAAGCUAUAGAGUUGUACACAGAAGCGGUGGAACUCUGUUUGAAAACAGCUAGUGAAACUUCAGAAGCAGGCCUGCAGUCAAAACUGAAACAGCUGGCUCGGCAAGCACUGGAUAGAGCAGAGGCACUGAAGGUAUCGAUGUCAAAGUCAUCUCAGAAGGAGAAGUCAAAUGCAGCUAAACCAAAUCAGCCAGUCAGAACAUUCUUUCCAUUGGGACCUGACUUUUCUUUAAAUGAUAAACCACAGACAAUCAGAGCAGUACAAGCUAGUGAAUCUCAAGGUCAGAGAUACACUGCAGAGGAGAUUGAAGUACUCAGAAAGACUUCAAAAAUUAAUGGUAUUGAAUAUGUCCCUUUCAUGAGUGUUGAUCUGAGGGAACGUUUUGCCUUCCCUAUGCCAUUUUCCGAUAAAUGUGGGAAGUUACCAUUAUCCCCCAAACAGAAAGCGAUGUUUGCCAAGUGGGUACGGCCAGAUGACAUAACAAAUAACCCUACGAUGAUUUAUACUGUAUCAAGUUUCAGCAUAAAGCAGACAAUAGUGUCAGACUGUUCUUUUGUGGCAUCACUAGCUAUCAGUGCUGCAUAUGAAAGAAGAUAUAACAAAAAGUUGAUUACAAGUAUCAUUUACCCUCAGAAUAAGAAAGGGGAACCAGAGUAUAAUCCAUGUGGCAAAUACAUGGUGAAACUUCAUAUCAAUGGUGUACCUAGAAAGGUAAUCAUAGAUGACCAGUUACCUGUUGAUCAUAGUGGGGAACUCCUCUGCUCUUAUUCUAACAAUAAGAAUGAAUUAUGGGUAUCGCUAAUAGAAAAGGCCUACAUGAAGGUCAUGGGAGGAUAUGAUUUUCCUGGAUCAAAUUCUAAUAUUGAUCUCCAUGCACUGACUGGUUGGAUACCGGAAAGAAUUGCUAUGCACUCUGACAAUCAAGCUUUCGAUAAAGAUAGCACUUUCAGAAUGCUCUAUCAGAGAUUUCACAAGGGAGAUGUCCUUAUCACAACAGCAACAGGUGUGAUGUCUGAAGAGGAAGGAGAAAAAUGGGGUUUAGUUCCAACCCAUGCCUAUGCAGUCUUAGAUAUAAGAGAAUAUAAGGGACUAAGAUUCCUUCAGUUGAAAAAUCCCUGGAGCCACUUACGUUGGAAGGGAAGGUACAGUGAGAAUGACACAAGAAAUUGGACCCCAGAUUUACAAAAAUAUUUGAACUUUGAUCCAAGAACAGCUCAGAAAAUAGACAAUGGGAUCUUCUGGAUUGCCUGGGAGGACCUGUGCCAGUACUAUGAUGUUGUUUAUUUGAGUUGGAACCCAAGUCUUUUUAAAGAGUCUACAUGUAUUCACAGUACUUGGGAUGCAAAACAAGGUCCAGUGAAGGAUGCUUACAGCCUGGCUAAUAAUCCUCAGUACAAACUGGAGGUCCACUGUCCACAAGGUGGUGCUGCAGUCUGGGUUCUGCUUAGCAGACACAUCACAGAUAAGGAUGACUUUGCACACAAUCGGGAAUUCAUUACAAUGGUUGUAUACAAGACUGAUGGCAAAAAAGUUUACUAUCCAGCUGACCCUCCUCCAUAUAUUGAUGGUAUUCGGAUCAACAGCCCUCAUUAUCUGACCAAGAUAAAGCUGACCUCUCCAGGGACCCAUACGUUUACCUUAGUGGUGUCCCAGUACGAGAAACAAAACACUAUCCAUUACACGAUCAGGGUGUACUCCUUGUGCAAGUUUACCUUUUCCAAGAUUCCCACACCUUACACCAUUUCCAAACGGGUUAAUGGACAAUGGAAAGGUCACAGUGCUGGAGGAUGUGGAAAUUUCAGAGACAGCUACAAAAAUAACCCCAUUUAUCAAUUCCAGAUGGACAAGAGUGGGCCAUUACUAAUUGAACUACGUGGACCAAGGCAAUACAGCGUUGGCUUUGAACUUGUCACAGUCUCAACAGUAGGAGAUCCUGGUUCCUAUGGCUUUCAGAAGAAGAGCAGUGGUGACUACAGGUGUGGAUUUUGCUACUUAGAAGUGGAAAACAUACUUGCUGGAGUUUACAACAUUAUCCCCACCACAUUCUUGCCUCAACAAGAGGGACCUUUUUUCUUAGAUUUCAACAGUGCUACUCCUCUUAAGGUAUCACAGCUUCAGUAAGGAGACAGACUUGUGCACUACUCUUUAAAGAAGUAUUUUUGACCUGUCCUACAGUCUGAGAAGAGGUGAAUAACUCUUACUACAAAAAGAAUGCAAUUUUAUUUUAUGCAUAAGUCAUAGCCAAAACCAUGGAGUCACCCAUUUGCUGAUUAGUUGUGGUAGACAGUUGUGGUUUUUGCUGCUACGGUAUGAGAGUGAGCACUGUUCAAUAGGCUUGUGAGCAGGCUAAAAUGCUUACGUUCAAAUGAACUGGCAGAACAUAGUUUACUAGAAUCUUUCUACAUUUCAAAUCAAAAUAUAGUGGGUUUAUAUAAGAGAAAAACUAACACUGAAAUUUACUUCUCCUGAAAUAUAAGGUCUAUGGGUUUAGGAUUUUAUUCUUAAAAGUAAACAUCUAAGAAAAUAAUAUUAUUGUGUAUUCUGCUUAUUCAGCUUCAGGACCAAAUAUGUAUUAAUUGCUAUUUGUACUGAAUGUCUUGAAUGUUUUCAGCACUGAAGUAGCUCUCACAUUUAAAUGUGAACUUACUACUGCUGAGCAUGUAUUCCAGGCUGCCACUAACAUGUUCAGCUUAUCUAGAGUAUGUACAUAGAAGUAAAGGAUAAGGAAGAUGCCAGCUUCAGAUAUUUCUAAAAGAGCAAUGGAUUCACCCAUAUUACACGUACUUUAAGAACUGUUAUUUUGUAUUGGUAUUACUUUAAUACAUAUUAUAACACAAGGUACUGUAUGGCUUUCUUCCUACUAGCUGCAAAACCUAGCCUGAUCACAAUCAGCACUAAAAUCAAAGUUAACCAACAGUCGUGCACAGACAGUACAGCAUGCCGGUCACUUAGCAGACAUGAAAUGUUUUCAUCUGAAGGUGCACUGUAAGAUUCUCAGUAUCUACUGAAGUAUACUGAAGUAGUCUCACUUGCUGGUGCUAGGGGGUAGUUCACUCCUUCCUAUCAGCAUCCUAACAAAAAUAAUAAGGAUAAAACACUUCUUUGCAAGUACUUAGCCUGCAUAGGAAGAGUCAUUUUUAAAUUGAAACUGAUGAACAAAGGUAGCACUUACCCAUGGUGUCAAUAGAAAUAGGGUUUAAAGUUCUUCAGAAAACAGUGGAAGUGGAAUUACUCCAGGGGGAAAAAAAAGUAAAGUCUACUGUAUCUCUAGCCUGUAAGAUAUAUAUAUAUACACAAAUAUAAAUAUCUGAAAAGGAUUGAAGGUUAACUUUUUUUUAAACAAAUGACAGAAAAAAACUCUGUGACAGGAGGAGAGGGUGCUUUUAAAACAGCCAUAGGAAGUUCUUUGCUAUUCAGGUUUACCUGGCAAUUUUUUGACCAAAAAAAUAUUACUUAAAUAGUACCUGUGUUCUAAAGAAUAAGAUUUGUUCAUUAGGAAAGUAAGCAUGUAGUACAGGAGAACAUGAAAUAUCUGUGGGCUCAAGUCACUCUCCUGGAAGUCUGCUAUUUACCUUCUCCAUAAAGUAAAAGUCCCUUCUUGUUUCAUUUCCUUCAUCGGACAGCUUUUUAACAAAUGUCUAGCUUUCAAAGGACACUGAAAACAUGUCUUCUUAGACUGCAUCUGGGCUUUGUGACAAGUUUGUCGUAGUGUGACUUAGCUUCUUUUGCAGGGAAGUUUCUGAUGAUUAUUGCAAUAAAUCAACAUAGGGAGUUGUAUGGGCACAUGAUGAGCAAAAAGCAACUCCUUUAUGGUUAUCCUUGGCUUUUGGGAGUAGUCAGUUGUGCCCAGGACUGCUUCCUCUCUACAAAAUUAAAAUUUCACUUAACACAGAUUUAUAGAGAAAAAUAUAAAUCUUAGCACAGGCUAAAGCAGAAUAUAUUGCAUCUAUUUUUAACAUCUAUGAAGUUAGAGGUAGUUACGAAAUCUAAACAGUAUAUUCUUGACUGUAUAAAAGGCAGAUGCCAGAACUAAGUUUUUGCAUGUCCUCUGCUGUUUGAGAUCAAGCUGGUAGACUUGCCUACAGUGAAAUCUGUUUUUCUUUUGUAGUCGAUUUCUACUCUGUAGGAAGUUGUUCCCCUCCCCUUUUUUGUUUCUCUCUCCAAGCACAAGCUAGUGCCAAAGCUUACAUUGGAUGAAACAAACAUAUAAGACUCAGCUUCCAUAUUGUACUAAAGCAAAAGCAAGGAAUGCUAGACAAAGCUGUCUCUACCCAGAUACAAUAACAUUUUGUACAUACACAGUACAGUCAGUGGUUUGGGUUUAUGCCCAUAAAUGCACAAGAUAAGUUCAGUAUCACUGUCCUUUUUAAGACAAGUCCUAUCCAAAUACUGUACCUGCAGAGUUAGUAAAAUACCAUCACUAUACAUUUCCUUUCACAGAUAGGACAGAACAUUCAUGUGGAGCAUCUCAAAAGAAAUACACAAGCUAUUCUUGUAAAUUUUGGUCUCUGCCAGUUCUGGUUGUGACAAAUUACUUUUACAAUAUUAUUUUAUUGUCCUCUUUUAUUAGGAAAUUAGUCACGAUUACUUCUUUCUUCUGAUAUUUUCUGUUAACUACAUACUUAUAUAAUUUUUUUCCACAAAUCUAGAAAAAUGAUUGGAGAGUAAACUGCUCCUUAAGUUUUAGUGCAGCCUCAGCCCAAGAUGUAGGUUAAGCUUUUCUUUCCCCCUACAUCAGUUGUCAUUUUUGAUCUAUAAUGACAAUAUUAGAUUGAGUCAAGCUGGGAAAUGCUGCAUAGAAAAUACUUCUAGAAAAGAGUAAGGCCUGUGUGGGGAAAAAUUGAAAUAGCUGCACAACAGCUUAGAUUGUAGUGAGGGUACAUUGGUCAUGUUACUUUACUCCCAGUCAUGCAACUCUUGACUAUUAAGUGUUCUCUGCCUGUAAACAUUCAAUUAAAGCUUUUAAAUAUUAAAAUACAAAGCUUUACAAAGUUGACCAACAAGCAGACGGUAUUCCUAACUGUACAGUUGUAAACUGUCUAAGCUGCAGCUAAAUGACAACAAAAGCCAGGUGUAAGGGGCCUUAAGAGGAUUUAUAAUUUCUUUGGUUUACUAAGGCUACUAUAAAGAAAUGAUUUUUAAUUCUCUCUAUUCAUUGGUGCUGAGGGAUAACUGGAGAUACUCUUUUAAGAAGUUUGGAUGUUCUCCUUGCUUAUGUGCUGAAACACCUUUUCUAAGGUUUUAUUUUUUGCUUUUUUUUUUUAAAUCCUACCUUAGAGCUCCAUACACACCACCAUAUGCUGCUGUUUAUAGCUCAGGGUGAGAUGCCCCCCAGACACACACAUCUGUUUGUUUUGUUAGGAAGGAAUGGGGUUAGUCCUUCAUUAAUCUAAUCCAUCAUUUUUCAAAGACUUACCAAGAGUUAGUACUUGGAUGAAUGAUAUCAAGUUUCUCUCUCAUCUGUCCCAAGUCUGAGGUUCAGUCCUAGUUUCCUGAUGCAAGUUUCAUGCAACUAUUUUGUACGGUAAUUUUUAUGCACUUGACCAUGUGAACUAUUAGGUGUUUGAACAAGCAGCUGCUUAGAAUUAAGUUUGUGUACAUACAAGAGAGGUUUUUUAUCACUUAGUGAAAAAAUGACAUUUAAGUUGUGUGAUAAUACCAAAGAGUAGUAGAAUUCCUAGAUUAAAGUUUGCUUUAUACAUUCUCACUGAUCACAUAUACUUUGAUACACCAGAGGCUUAUUUUUAUACCCAUAAAGGUGGCUACCAUCAUGUUACGCUUCAGAAUACAUAAAGAAUUCCUACAAAAAAUAACCAGAGAAAGCUUGUUCAUUUGCCUGUACUCCACAGUCAUGUAUGUUCAUUUAAGUUUGUCAUAUUUAUAAUUAUACCUUUUAUGGAGUUUAAAAUAAAAUGAGUUUUCCA